AUGCCGUACAAAGACGUCAAUUCUCACCUCCCACCGGAAUACAAGACCUCUGCUGAACCGCCUCCUCCCCAGCUUUCUCCUUCUCCUUCUCCCACCUCAUCCUCAUCCAGCAUCUCAACCGCCGUCGUUGCAACCAUUGUUCUCAGCGCGGUAGCAGGCGCCGUCCUCAUCAGCCUAGCCGUCGUCAUAAUCACCCUGAAAGUCCGGCAGAAGAGAAACAAACCACGGCCGCCCUCUGUCACAACCACCGACCACAAACCCAGCAGCGUAAACGCCAGUUCCACCAUCCUCAACUCCCCUGGCCUCUCGCCGUUCCCCCAUCUCACAGACAUGCCGUAUACACCUGAGCGGGAUCUGCGAGCGCCCCCGCGCCUCGGCGACCGCAAGUUCCAUCAGACGACCCGGAGUGAGGGCGCGAUUCAGAUGCCCAAGAAGACGUACACUUAUACGCGGCGCGGGAAACCAUCCAGUCUGGGGAAUGUGCCCUCCGCAAAGGACAUGGCUCUUUAUACUACGGACACGCAGCGAAUAUUGGGUGCCACCACCCCCAAGUAUAGCAUCUUUCCGAAGGCGCAUAAAUCAGCGGCUUCCACGUCGACAACCUCCACGUUAGGCCCCGGAUCGCGAUCCAGCCCGCCCGCCACGCCGGUCAGUAUUCCGGACGUGGUGAACGGCCUGGUGUCGCCGGGCCCCCCGCCGAGGAGGGCGCUGCCGUCGCCGCCGCUCAAGUACUGGCAGGUGAAUCCGCUGGAGGGGGGUGUGCCGCUGGAGAAUGUGCGGCCCGAGGAGAUUGGGAUUGCGAUUGGGUCGCCGACGGUGGAUGUGCAGGAGAAGAGGGAGAGGUGGCCGCGGCUGGAUGAGCGUGAUAUGGAGAGGUUGGGGGGCACGUAUUCGCCGUUUAAGAGGUGA